CGCCACCGCCGCCUGCUGCUGCCCUGCCUCGCCCCAUCACGUCUCUUCCUUCUUCUCCCACAUUGACCCCUUCUGGAAAAAAAGCAGAGUCGCCAUCGACUACCACGUUUACGAGACCGAUUCUUCCAUCGUUGUCUCCCGCUAAUGGAGGGAGAGGUGGUACUGCUCAUUCUUCCCCACCACAAAAAGCGGCGUCUCCGGCUUCUGCCGCCGUGCUGCCGGCAAAACCUAGUAGUCCGCCAUUUUCAGGUACUGAUUCUAAGGCAAAAGCUUCAGWUCCRGCCUCUCCGAGCCACCUCGAGACCCACAUUGAUGCCACAAUGGCUGCUCGUAAUUCGCCAAGCCCGGUUCCGUCUCCUACGGUUGUCCGACACUCCACCCCUGCUGUACCGUCGCCAAAUUACUCUCCGAAGCUCAAGACGGCGCCGCCUUCCCCGCUGAUUCUACCACCACCGCAGUUGCAAUCCGUAGGCGAUCCUAAACAUGAGAGCAUUCCUCAAGAGGUAGAGCGGAAAACCGUGGUGGUCCAAAAAAUGGUGGACAAGCCUACGCAACCCGACAAUCAUUAUCCUAGCUACCACGCACGCAACCCUAGCUUUGGCCAAAACGGGAAGCAAGAACCAAACAAACAUGAGGAACAAGGAAAAGACAAAGCAAUUCGUGCUAAAAAGGUUUUGGGGUCCGACSAAGAACCCAACACAAGAUUCAUAACAAUGGCCGGAGAAAACAGAGGAGCUUCCAUGGAAGUUGUCGUCACCGACAAAAACAACAGCCGUCGUCAUCAGAUAGGUCGAAACUACGAUGAAAAAGAAGAAGGCAACCUUAAAAACAAUAAUGAUCCUAAAUUAGGUGAUACAAGAAACAGUAAAAAAGCAAUGGGAAUUCGAAGUUCUUCUUCAUUGCCCGUGAAAGGUUUCUUUAACAGCAAUGUUCAAGGCAUAAACAAUUCGAUUCUGAUGGACUCGUCGUUCAGCCACCAUGACCCUGGAAUUCACAUUGUUUUUUCCAGGAUCCUGUCGUCGGCCGAUGAGGUCAAGGAAGGGCAAUAAAUGAGAGACCUAUGCACGACAUGUCGGCAUGCUGAAGUUGCUCUCACUUGACUUAAUUAUUAUCAUCUUUUUUUUUCUUUUAUUAAUAAUUUGAUAUACACGUUGCUGUGGGAGAGAAUAAGAAUAAUAUGGGAGUGCCCUGAAGGUUUGUUUUAAGUUUUGAUAUAAUAAAGUACUAAUACAAGAUUGUUUCAAAUUAA